UCACUUCACUUGGACACCCCCUCUACGGCUCGCCGCUCCUUUCCUAAUGAGGAUAAAAGGAGAGGGAGGAAUAGCUUGCGUUUAAUCAACCACCAUCACCACCACCCACCAUCACCACUCUCGAUCGUUAACGCCGCGCGUCUCAGCCGCCCCUCUGGGGGUCCACCAUGCGACACGAGAGCGCCUCGGUAUGGUCGACGUCGGACGACGCGUCGUGCGCACCCCUGCCGCAGUUGCUCGCCCGUGCCACGUGGUGGACUGUUGAUCAACUCCGUUGCGACCGUCAGCAGCGUCGUCAGCAGUUUGGUCGCGAUCGUCGGCACGUCUCUUCUUUUUCUAUCGUCACCAAAGAAGCCCCGGCGCAAACAAAGUGUCCCAAAGCAAAGAGAAGGGCGAGAGACCAUGCGCGAGUGCAAGGGACCAAUGACAGCAGCAUCCUCAGCAAGGUGUCCAUGGCGACAGCCGGAUACGUGCAGGACCAGCUCCUCGCACACUUCAUCUGCGAAGCCCAGCGGCAGCGGCGGCGAUCCCCUCUCAUCAAUAGGGGUUAUUACAUCAGAGCCAAAGCUGUGGAUUACGUCCUGACUUGCUUCCUGGAGCGGACACGAGCGGAGCCGAGGACACAGAUGGUGUCGCUGGGCGCCGGCUUCGACACUGCUUAUUUCCGACUCAAGUCGGAGGCUCGGCUGGGCCGGGCCGUGGUGUUUGAGGUGGAUUUCCCGGCCGUCGCGCGGAGGAAGGCGACGCUCAUCCGCCAGAGCCCCGAGCUGCUCGCGCUGCUCUCCCCGGGCCGGGUGCGGUUUAAUGAAGCCGAGUCCGGCGAUGAAACUCCUAAGCCUGGCGACCCUUCUCUGCCAAAAGGCCUGUGCGUGAGCAGCGCCGACUACUGUCUGCUUGGCGUGGACGUGACGCAGCUGCGAGAGCUGGAGGAGUCGCUGGUGGGCACCGGCUUCGACCCUGCCGCCCCCACUCUGCUGCUGUCCGAGUGUGUGCUCACCUACGUCGACGCAAACAGAGCCUCGGCCCUCAUCGGCUGGGCGGCAGAGCGGCUGGUGGCGGCCACGUUUGUCGCGUACGAGCAGGCCCACCCGGGCGACGGCUUCGGCUCCGUCAUGAUGAACCACUUCAGUCGACUCGGGUCGCCGCUGCGAGCGCUGCGCCGGUUCCCCACGCGCCACGCCCAGCACGCGCGAUACCUGAGCCAGGGCUGGGAGAGGUGCGAGAGCGUGGACAUGAACGAGUUUUACCUGAACGUGCUGUCCGUGCAGGAGCGCGCGAGGGUGGAGCACCUGGAGCUGUUUGACGAGCACGAGGAGUGGCACUUGAAAUGCUCCCAUUAUUUCAUCCUGGUCGCCUCCAAAGGAAGGUUGAGCUCAGAGCCCGUUCUGCCCCCGCCGUCAGGCUUUGUCAGCAGUGAGGAGGAGCGCGAGCUGCCCGUGCUGUCACUGUCUCCGUGCGAGGCAGCCCUGGCCCUCCCGCCCAGCUACGGCCACCGCUCCUGCACGCUGGGGCCGCCCGCUGGCCGGGCCGCCCUGCUCACGCUAGGCGGGUUCGGGCCACGGCAUGGGCGGCACGGGCGUCUCACCGGGGCCUGGCUUCUGGUGCCGCCCGGCGCGGUGGUGACCAAAGACUUUGGACCCAAGUGGGAUGGACGCAUGUACCCUUCGCUGACGGCCACUUCGGCCCACGAGGCCGUGCUGUUCGGGGGGCGGCGCUCACCCGCCAGGCCCUGCGCGGACGUGUGGCUGGCGCGCCUCGGGGGCGACGCGGGCAGCGCCGCGCCAUCGCUCGCGCUCUCCGAGGUGCCAUGCAUCGGCGCGGCCCCCUCUCCACGCUGGAGGCACGCGGCAUGCGUGGUGAGCUGCCGAGGGAGACGCUUCCUGUUUGUCUACGGAGGGAGGGACACCCAGCACCUGGUUCUCAGUGACUGGCACUUCCUGGAUCUAGAGGCGUUCACCUGGACUCAGCUGCCCGUGUCCGGGAGCCGGCCCGAGGGCCGACACUCGCACGCGGCGUGCGGCUUCGGAGAGGGGGCGGUGGUGGCGGGCGGGCUGGGCGCGGCGCUCGUUCCGUUGGGCUGCGUCCACCUCCUGUCUCCAGCGGCACAGCACGAGGGCUUCACGUGGCGGCAGCUGCCCCUGCGCCAUCCGAUCACGCCGCGUUACUCGCACACGGCGCACGUGAUAGAGGAGAGGCGGCUGGUGCUGGUGGGCGGCGUAGGCAUCCACUCCGCAUACCCACCAGCGCUGGCCAUUGUAGACCUGCUCACCGGGAGCACACAGGAGUACAAUGUUGACACGUGCGGCGUGGAGGGCCCCGUGCUGCUGCACGGACACAGCGCUGUGGAGCGGUGGGAUAGCGGUGGCGGCUGUGGUGGUGGUGGUGACGGAAAGGACCAUGAGAGGCACAUCUUCAUUGUGGGAGGCGGCGGGAACUGCUUCUCCUUCGGCACGCACCUCAACCCGCGCCCGCUGAUACUCCGCCUGCCGCCGAACCCCCAAGACGACACUCAGGAUGCAGAGAUAGCCUGAUCACCUUUAAUCUUUAACCCAGUAAACAUGGAUCAUUGGGCCAGCGUUGGAUCAACGUCGGGCCAACAUUGGUCCAGUGGGUCCAACCUCAUUGGAGGUCAACACGGUUGGCUAUGUACGGUGCGAAAGAAGGUCAACAUAUACACAUGCCAAUGUUGACCCAACGUUGGGUACCUGCUUGAGCCCGGGAGUGUUGCUACAAGAUAUGUGACUGAAGGAUGAACACGUCUUAGUGCUAACACAUAGAGUAGAGCUUUCAUUGAUAUUCAUUGUAAAUUUUGACCCCUUGUAUGUGUGGUGGAUAUUCUCCAGGUACUCAGGCUUUUUCCCAAUGAAGCUAUACACCCGUAGUAGGUAUUUCCCAAAAUACUCAUGCUGGACACUUCUGAGAAGACUCGGUGAGGUUUUCCAGAAUAAAUAAAGAGCAAUAAAUAAAUGUGUGAUCUUCA